AGAGAGCAGCUUGUGAACGGCGGGUGUGGCAGAAAAUGACAUCGUAUAGACAUUGGUUUAUUGUUUUUCAAUGUAUAACAUCUUUGUUUGUACGGGGAACCUCCAGUGCUCAGUGUUGGCUAAAUGGGGACGAACUGAGCCUGGAAAACACAAAUGGAACAAGUGCUUCCCUGAGACGGAAAGAAGGGCUUCUGACGUGCCCUGGUCCAGGUGACCCUAGUCAUUAUACAGAGUGCUGUUGGGAUUCACGUUAUCAGUGCUGCCCUGUCCAGGCAGCAGCCUCAAUGGAUGAUCAGCUUGUGAAGGUUGUUGGUGUUGCUGUCAUAUCCUCCUGCCUACUCCUGACUGUGGGUACUAUUGUCUGCUGCUUCUGGAGCCGGUGUCCUCUCUACAAUGCCUGUCGCAUCAACUACACACAUGGCACCAGUAUAGCAUAUGCCAAAGAUGAUGAUGUAGCAAAUGGAAUAAUGCCUCCAGAAGAAAAAAGCAAUCAGCAUCACUAUACACCAAAUGCUGUAAACAUCAAACAAUUUGAAAAUGUCUAGAUCUCAGUGAUUAAUGUUUUAAAGUUCCUAGUUGGUAAUAUGCAGA